AUGGCUCUAGCAAAGAGUCUCUCUCUCAGCGAUCUUUCCGAGAUUCGCAUUUCUUGUGCCAAACCAUUUUCGCGUAUGCAAGAUUCCGACACCGUCAAGGGAUCCCAAUUGAAGACUCUUCAAUCCGCGUGCGUGACUGACUUCGAGGUCACACACGGAGUUAUGAGAUCUCUUGCCGAAGGAGCUGAAAACCGCAUCAAAGGCUUUGCCGAGAUUCCGAGAAUCAAUACGGUAACAGCCUCGAUGCGGCCAAGCUCGCAAGUCCCAAUUUUUGGUGGUUCACCAAACGAUACCUUCUCCGCAUUUUUGCGAUCCUUCAAUGAUCAUGCUAAUACAGCAAAACCUCCUUUGGGAGACCUCGAAAAGAGGAAUAUUUUCUUGACUUAUUUGACAGACGCAGCCAGAGACCGCGCAGAGGAGUUCCUGGAGCAAGAGAGCGAAGCCUCGUUCGCAACCUUGGUUAACCAUCUAAAGGUAAAAUACGAAGAUCCGGUAAGAGCAGAACUUUCGCGCCAGCAACUCCGAACAACGAACCAGCUUCCGGGCGAGUCCGUAGAUGAGUUUGCAGCUAAGGUCAGAAAACUCGCAAAUUCGUCGUACCUCGGAUACUCGCGUGAAUAUAUCAAGGCCAAAACCCUAGAAGCGUUUUUGGACGGGCUCAAAUACGACAUAAAAUUUCACGUUAAGGCCAGUAACCCAAGAACCUUCGAGGACGCCCUCAAUUCCGCAGUGAGACAAAGAAAGUUUCUCUCAGCGUUUACCGACCAAAUUCCAUUGCGUAUGACUCUACCGCCACCCUCUGCAAAAUCAUUCAAACCACGUCCACUUUCUCCGUUAACCUUUUUGGAUCCCGCUACAUCGAAACAAAUUCCAAGCAAGCAACCGUUUCGGCAGAAGAAUGCAAACUAA